AUAAAGAAGCACCAAUAUUUCGUUCGCCCACUUGAAAGAACGAAACGAAGCGACGCCACAAUAAAGCAAACAACCCGACUCUUUGCGACUAUCGAUCUAUCGGAGUAUUAAUCUCUCCAAAUCGUGCUUGUCGGCCCCGCAUUCUACACGAGUUGGACUCUAUUUCGGGAAGUGCGAAUAGCGUCGUCUCGUCGUCCAAUAUCCUGUCGAGUUGUACUCCGCUGAGUGGAGCGUGCACGAGUUUAAUAUUCCUUGGCGAGCCCAGAUUACCUAUAUAGGCGCUCUUAUUGCCCUUGCAGGACCCUAAUAAAUCUGCUCUUGAGGCCCGAGGCGGUGGAAUCUUUAAGCUCUUAGGUUCCCUCCCGCGUUCGGUCUUGAAUUCGACUUGAAGCACAUAUUUUCUUAGCAAUACACCAACAUGUCGCGAUCAAAUCCUCCUAACCCGGCCGGAUCCCGGAAGAUUUCGUUCAACGUUAGCGAACAGUAUGACAUUCAAGAUGUUGUGGGCGAGGGAGCUUAUGGUGUCGUCUGCUCGGCGAUACACAAGCCUUCAGGCCAGAAGGUCGCCAUUAAGAAGAUCACUCCCUUUGACCACUCUAUGUUCUGCUUAAGAACUCUCCGAGAGAUGAAACUUCUUCGAUACUUCAACCACGAGAACUGUUGGUAGGUACGUACGUAUGGUAAAAACAAUAAAUAAGGUAAUAAUAAACAAUAAUGUUAAA